AUGACUCAUGUUAAGGCGUAUUAUCGGAAGAUGUCUGUAUAUUCUGAGGAUGGGGGUUUUCUAAUGCACUUCUUCCAGGAUAGUCUUGCUGGGGCUUCCUUGGAGUGGUAUGUUCAACUUGAGCGCACUCAUAUCCAUUCUUGGAGAGAUCUUGUGGAGGCUUUCAUUAAGCAUUAUCAGUACAACGUUGAUAUGGCACCCAAUAGGACUCAGUUGCAGAGUUUGGUUCAGGGGUCUAAAGAAUCUUUCAAGGAAUACGCUCAGAAAUGGCGCGAGUUAGCUGCCAGGGUUCAGCCACCUAUGACUGAGCGCGAGAUGAUCGAUAUGUUCACCAGUACCUUGUCUGGACACUAUUACUUGGCUUGUAGUGCUUCAGCCAACUUUUCUGAAAUGCUGAGGGUUAUGCCAGAAGGAAGGAAGGAAGGGAAUGCGGAUGCUAUAUAUGGAAGAAGGGGUCCAGGGAGAAAUAAUUCACAGGUUAAUGUUGUCAUGAUCCCAGUGCCGCAACAACAACAGCAUCAGCAGGGACAGCGUUCGAAUAAUGAUCGUUAUCCUCCCAGGACUAGGCCUCACAGAAAGAUUGAUCUGAUUUCUAUGACCUAUGCUCAAGUGCUACAACAUUUGCUCAAGAUUGAGAAGAUUACUUUGAGAGAUGCUCCGAAUGCUCCGGACACACAAUCUCCGAAUUACAAUGCGAAUGCGCGGUGUGCUUUCCUCUCAGGUGCCGCUGGGCAUGAUACAAAGAGGUGCAUUGCAUUGAAGAACAAAGUCCAAGACUUGUUGGAUCAAAAUAUAAUCCAGUUCACUCCUACACCCAAUAUUGUCAAUAAUCCCAUGCCUGCCCGUGGCGGAGGUUCGGGUGUGAAUGCUAUUGAGAACGAAGAGAUAAGUGUGGUAUCUGAUGUGGGCUGUUUGACCUUUCCUCUUGUGUCUGUGAAGCAACAUCUGGUUAAUAGAGGUAUCUUUCCGGGCUAUGGUGCGAAUUGUGAGAAUUGCAGGAGGCAACCCGAAGGUUGUGCUGAUUUGAAAAGUAUGGUACAAAAGCUGAUUGAUGAGGGUCCUCUUCAGUUCUAUCAAAGAUUGAGAGGUGCGAAGAGUAAAGAUGGUGAAGUGUCUGUGAUCUUAAUUCCUUAUGAGCCAGUUUCUCCAAUAUGUAUCCAAGUGCCUAUUCAGAUACCUGUCAGUAUCCCGUAUGAGGAGCAACCAGCGGCGUUGAUGAUUACCGUGCCAGGGCCAAUUCCAUAUGAAAGUGAGAGGGCCAUCCCUUGGCAUUAUGGUUCAGACGUGUAUUACUAUGGCACGAAGGAGGAGGGCGAGCCAUCUAAAGAGAAGUUUGUGGAAGCCGCAGUUGCAAACACCGAUAAUUUCGCUGGUAUUGGUAGAAUCACUCGCAAUGGCAGGGUGUUCUCCCCUCAGCUUGUUCAAAACAAUGCAGAUGGUUUGGCUAAGGCCAAAGGCAAACAAGUGCUGACUGAUGUCCAGAAUUCUCCGACUCAGAAUGGGCCACCUGAUAGUGCUGUGCCUUCCAAGGAUGUAGAAGAAUUAUUGAGAAUCAUCAGGAAAUCCGAUUACAAAUCGGCCCUCAUGCGAAUUGAUUAUGCUGGUGUCGAGUUGAGGCCUAGUGAUUUGGUGGUGCGCGCUUUUGACGGUUCAAGGAGGUCUGUGUUCGGAGAGGUAGAUUUACCAAUCCAGGUUGUUGUUGAGACUGGAAAGGUAGAAGGCUGGGGGCAGGUAAUUGACGUGCGUCCCAAAUUUGACAAGAAUGGUUUGGGUUUCAAUCCUAGAAGGCGAAAUACAUCGCCAAAGCCUAAUAUCCUUAGCCCAAUCAGGUUUGUGAGCGGAGGUGUCAUUCAAGAUGGUCAGGUUAAUGCCCUUGUCAAUGGUGAAGAAAUGGAUAGUGACUGUGAUUUUGAUAGCUGGAAUCGUCCAAGUGCUUCUGGAGAGAAGAUCAACAACUGGACAAUCGAAGAUGUCAUUCAAGUCACACAGGCUCAGGAGUAA